AUGACUUCCACUUACCUCUUGAUGUUUUACCAGCUGUGACGGAGGCCCUUGAUUCCAAGACAAAAGAGGAAGAUUUGCACAAGGAGAGCAGACCUUUCCGCUACUGUGAAAAAAAAACCAUGGACCUGUCAGACAGUGACCGUCCCGUCAGCUUUAGCUCCACUUCCUCCUCUGCUUCCUCCAGGGACAGCCACUGCUCCUUUGGAAGCAGAAUGACCUUGGUUUCAAACAGCCACUUGGGCUUGUUCAACCAGGAUAAAGAAACGGGUGCCAUCAAGCUAGAACUGGUCCCAGCCAGGCGAUUUUCCAGCAACAAGCCACGCAAAAACUCCCCUGCAGAUCAAGAGGAUCCUGAGGAGAGCCUUGAAAAAAGACUAAGCAUGCCAAGGAAAGCAGAACCAAAAGGAGCGAGCAAAAACUGUGCAAUGUCCCUGGUCACAGAGCCCACCAGUCCCAAGCUCCUCUACGUAGACAGAGUCGUCCAAGAGAUUCUGGAGACAGAGAGGAUGUAUGUGCAGGAUCUAAAAAGCAUUGUCAAGGAUUACCUCGACUGUAUCACUGACCAGACCAGGCUCUCCCUUGGGACAGAAGAGCGAUCAGCCUUGUUUGGAAACAUACGGGAUAUCUACCAUUUCAACAGUGAACUUCUGCAAGACCUGGAAAACUGUGAAAAUGAUCCUGUGGCUAUAGCAGACUGUUUUGUUUCCAAGAGUGAAGAUUUCCACAUAUAUACACAGUACUGCACCAACUACCCAAGGUCGGUGGCUGUGUUGACAGAGUGCAUGAGGAACAAGGCACUGGCCAAAUUCUUCAGAGAGCGGCAAGAAGCGCUGCAGCAUUCUCUGCCCCUAGGCUCCUACCUCUUGAAACCUGUCCAGCGCAUCCUCAAGUACCACCUGCUUUUGCACGAAAUAGAAAACCACCUUGACAAGGACACUGAGGGCUAUGAUGUGGUGCUGGAUGCCAUAGAUACAAUGCAGAGAGUGGCAUGGCAUAUAAAUGACAUGAAGAGGAAACAUGAACAUGCCAUCAGGCUCCAA